AUGAAUCUGUCCCACAAUCUGCCAUGGAGAUAUCGGUGCUCAUUACCAACGACAAUCUUUCGAUGCCGAAGAACGCCUUUCUCAACCUCCCCGAAACUACUAGCAGAUAGUAAUCGGAAAGAUAAACCCAUACCAUCAAAUGAUAGCAAUGCCACCAACAACCCAAACAAACCGCCAAAAGAACCAGAGAAAAAACGUCACCAAACAAUCUCUGAGGCAGACGAGGAGCUCCGGAGACGCCUCGAGCAGAUGUCCGGCGGGGGCGGGGAGGCUGGGAUUGAGUAUGAGGAUGGGAAGCCUGCGGCCAUGAAGAGGAGUGUUCGGGAGAAUAUGUUUCGAUUGAUUUGA